UUUUGCAUUCUAUAUUUGUAACAAAUCCGUCUCUUUUCUUUGAACAAGAUACUUGUAGACAAAAUGCCUAGAACAAUUAAAUGUAUUCCAAGAUGUCAUGUUGUAAUAAAUAUAUUUAAUAGUUUUUUCCCCAUUUAAAAUGAAAUGUAUAUAAAUACAAAGUGGUGAGCAUAUGCUAACUGUGUAAAGUUUUGUUUUUCCAUUUAUAAUGUCUCAAUGAUUGAUUGUGAUAUUGAGAGCCAAUUGGUUUUGGUGCAGAUCAUAGAAUUUCAUUCUGAGCAUCAUCAAGAUUCACAAACAAAGGUUUAUUGUCAUAGAUAACAUCUAUCUUGUCUUUGAUGUCAGGAUUUGAUACAGUGCAAAGUUUCGUAUAUCUCCGAGUACCAUCAGCAGUGCACUUUUAACCUUCGUUCAUCACUGUCAAUAGAUUAAUUAGAUAUAUACAAAACAUUUUUUUAAAGUUGGCACUAGCAUUAUGAAAUGGCUGAGCUACAUUUUCCAAAUUAACAAAAUAGAAAUUUUGUGUCACUUGAAACGGUGCCAAUGUGUGGUGUGUGUGUCCUAAUUAAUGGUCAUUCUAGCCUUAGCUUAGAGUUACACCGAAGCUGCCUCCCAAACCUAUAACCUUUGUGGAAGAAUGUCAGCUUCACAAGUCACUGUUUCCCUUUACACAGUGGAUUAAAAAUAAGGCGGCUUUAUUUCUGAAUUCACAGGUAUCUGCUGACAUUGUUAUUUUAAUGACCUGCAAAUGGAAACCCUAUUUAAAGAGAGUUUGACCUGACGACCUGUAUCAAAACAUGCAUUUUCAAUAUUGCAUUUAAGACUGCAAAUGAAUGAUGGCUGGGAAAGCGGAAAAGGUCUCCAAAUACGAAACUUCAAAACUUCUGGAAAAGUGCCGUAAGGAAAGAGACGAUGCUUUGCACCGCGAGAAUAUGAUGAGGGAGAAAAUGAGACAAUAUGAGUCUCGAAUGAGAUCAACCGAAGCUCUCAAACAGAAACUCAAGCAAUUGGCUAUGGACAACAAGGAGCUGCGGAAACAAGUGAAGAUUCUGAGGGCUGAAAUUGGUUUAGAGUCCAGUCCCAAAUUUCACGGUAAAACCACCAAGGAUAUAAUCAACGACCUGCAUGAGAAGGAGCGCGAGUGCAGUUCACUUGUUGAAAAAGCGGGAAAGCUAAGUUUUACCAUUGAUGACCUAACAUCUGAACUGGCGAACACUGUCACCUCAAAGACUCUACUGGAGGACCAGGUCCAUUCCCUGCAACAGAACCUGAAGGACAUGACAAACAAUCAGCGGCGUCUUCUGAAGCUCUGGGAGGACAAGAAGGCUCAGCGGGAACAGCUGUCCCUGCCCGCAAUACCGCAGAGACCCGGACAAAAGCCGGUGGUGCAUAAAGGCAUCCAGACGGAGAUGUCCAUCAGUUCAAACCAGAUAUUACCCACUAAUGCGUUUGAGACCAAGACCCGCCGAGAGAUCGACAAAAGCAGAACUAAUCUGGAGAGACGCGGCAUCACGUUAGCAAACGGCACUCAUCGAGAGAAAAACGCAUUAAUUCAGAAUGAAGCGAAAGGAAUACACAACUGAAAGUUAUAUUGUUCCAUGAAACAUUUGUUUUGUCUGU